GUUGUCCUUCUGGAGUGUCCGUGACCCAAACUUCUUGUUCUGUGUCUGUGAGAAGUUUGUUGAGUGGGAUAGGUGUUGUGUGAAAAAAUUCUUGGAAGCUGCCGUGGAUACGCGGGUCGAAUUUUCGCUUUUUCAUCCAAUUCAAAACUUUUUUCGAUUACUAGCCAAAAGCCGACAGUCUGUGCAGUGCCGGUGACGAAUUUUCUUGUGUAAUACGAACCUACAUGGGGCGUAGGCUGAUAAACUGAAGUGAGAAUUUCACCAAGACUGUCAGCCGAGCAAUCGGCUUGUCCCUGUGAUUUUUCCGAGAACAAACUGUUUUAGAUUAGUUCGCAAACGAUUUGGUAAAAAAUCAUGACGGACACGAGCCAGGCGGACGCACCGCCGCCCCAGACGAACGGCAUUUCCGAUAUGGAUGAGGAGGAGAGGGCGAAAAUGCGCCCCGUCGACAUCGAUGCUGACGUGCGCGAGAUGGAGAGACGCAAAAGGGUCGAGGUCAUCAUGAACAGCAGGCUGUUCCGCGAAGAACUCGAACGCAUCAUCGAGUCGCAACUGAAAGAGGGCUCAGGGGGCACCAGCCACCUCCUCCAGCAAAUCUCCGACAUGGUGGGCGUCGAUGGCAGACAAUCGGCCUUCAAGAGCUCCUCGAGCUGCGUCAUCCCCGUCAACGAUAUCAGGGGGGUGGAGGCGAUGGGGUACGCCAAGGGCGAGAAGAUGCUCAGGUGCAAGCUGGCCUGCCUGUUCAGGCUCAUCGACUUGUAUGGGUGGGCGUAUGGCUCCGGCACGCAGAUAACUGCCAGGUUGAACCAGGACGACGAGCAGUUCCUGGUCAACCCCUACGGCAUGCUCUUCCACGAGCUGACCGCCUCCAGCUUGAUCAAGGUGGACAUGCGCGGCGCCAUCUUGGAACAGGGCACGACCAACUUUUCCGUCAACAUUUCCGCCUUCUCCCUGCACGCCGCCGUCCAUUCGGCCCGACCAGACAUCAAGUGCAUCGUGCACGUGCACACACCCUCCGUGGUGGCGCUGUCGUCGCUCAAGCAGGGGAUGUUGCCCCUCAGCCAGGAAUCAGUCGUUAUCGGCGAAGUCAGCACGCACACCUACCUGGGUGGUCUCUUGGACCCCGAGGAGAAGGACAAACUGGCCAGGAACCUCGGCCCCAACAACAAGGUGCUGCUGCUCGCCAACCAGGGGGCGCUGUGCUGCGGCGAGACCAUCGAGGAGGCGUUCUUCAACGCUCGCAACACCGUCUUGGCCUCCGAGUCGCAGCUCAAACUCAUGCCGAUCGGUAUUGACAAUCUCGUGUUGAUCAGCGACGAGAUCAGGAAACGGAUGUACGACGCGGCCCACAACCCGCCUGAGAGCACGCCCCGCCCAGACGCGCCCACCAUAAUGGAGUCGAAGGUGGAGCGCAAAUGGCGCGUGGGCGGUGCCGAGUUCGAGGCGCUGAUGCGCAUGCUCGACAACGCCGGCUUCCGCACCGGCUACAUCUAUCGCAGGCCGUUGGUCAAAGGGGAGCCGCCCAAGCCGCGCAACGAUGUCGAGGUGCCGCCCGCGGUGUCCUCGUUGGGGUAUUUGUUGGAGGAGGAGGAGUUGUACAGGCAGGGGCUGUGGAGAAAAUUGGAAGGUGGCAGGAAGGGCAACGACCGCAGCCGUUGGUUGAAUUCCCCGAACAGCUACCAGAAAGUGGAAAUUCUGGAAACUGGUACCCAGGAUCCCAAGAAAAUUACAAAGUGGGUAGCCGAAAAUUCACCCAGUCAUUCGAGUACACCUGUCAGAAUCGAAUCAGCCCUUCAGUUUGUGCCGAAGGGCACUAAUCCCAAGGAGUUCAAAUUCAAACAACAAGCGAUCAAAGAUUACCGAAGAGCCGAUAAGAUAUCGGCAGGGCCCCAAUCACACAUUCUGGAAGGGGUGACGUGGGAAGAAGCGAAAAAAAUGCAGGACGCGACAGUAACGCAAACAGGAGAUCAGGUGGUGUUGAUGGGUGCUGCUUCAAAGGGUAUUAUCCAAAGGGGACACCAGCACAACGCAAUGGUGUACAAAUCGCCGUACGCGAAAAAUCCCUUCGAUUGCGUUACUGACGAAGAAUUGGACGAAUACAAGAAGGUUGUCGAGAAAAAAUCGAAAGGAGAAUACGAUACCGACUUUAGCGAAUCAGAAGGACUUUCUUCUGCAGCAUUGAACAAAAGAAUGGAUGAGGUGCACAUAAGAUCACCUACGUCUGUCACCAGUGAGACGGAAGAGGAAAGCAGAGAUGAGCCUCAAAUUCUACGGAUAGAAACGAAAACAGCACCUAGACCUAGUCAGCCAGAAGUAGUGUUAAGCGAUGAUUCUCCAGUAGAUAGGUUCCUUAGAGCUGAACGGAUAUCAGUAGACAGUUACAAGGGUUAUAAAGCCGUAGUACCGACCUACAGGACUUACAGCCAUGCCGGAUUCCCCAAAGGGUCCUAUUUGAUACCCAACCCCACCCACUUCCAUAUCGCUCGCCAAACCCAAAUCGCCAUACAACGCCCUCUAUUAGUCAAAGUCAACCCCCACAAAUCCUCUCAGUACCUUUUCAAUCACGGCAGAAGAAACUCAACCGUCACCAUAGACUUGGGCAACUCGCGUACAGUCUCCGUCAAUAUACCAUUACACACCCUCACUGGCUUCAUUUACCCCUUCGCCAAUGCCCUCAAUUACAGAAGAAGCACGGGGCUGAGCAACAACGGGACUCAAACCGCCUACAUGCAAAACUUCGAGCACCUUCGCGAAGUCGACAAAGUCGCUUACACCCCCAUCUACGUUGACAGCUACAAGACCUGUCACACGCAGCCGGAGAGCUGUCAAAAGUCCGCCUCGUUCGAGCAACAGGUGCUCGACAACAUGCAGCAACAGAUGCUGGAGCUGACUCAGAGCACCGAAUCGGAGUACGAUUCUGUCGAGAUUAUCGACGACACUCAGUACGAGUCUGCGAAGGAUCUAGUGGAUUUUACCGAAGACGACCAAGAGAUCAACGAGAGUUUGGUGGAGUUGACGCCGGAGGUAGCUGCCAUGCUUCCGAGCACCGACAGCAGCUCCACAGCUUCAGGAACUAACCUCACUUACGUCAAGAGGAAUCCGCAAGACGAGUCGUUCGAUGUGGACGAGGGCAUUGGGGAAUGUACCUUGACAAAUGACACUUUGAGCAAAGACAAAAGUAGCGAGGGGAGUGUGGAAGAUGCCGUACAGGAGAUGUCGAAGAUGAUCGUGGAGUACUUGAUCGAGCAGUGCUUUGAACUGAAAGAGCUUAUUUUAUUUCCCGAAGUGCUGCACGAUCCUAACCUAACGAAGCUUCUCGCGAAGCUGUUGAACGUUUACGCUUAUUAUUACGGGGAUAGCUUGGGGGAUGAGGAGAAAACGGAGGUCAGAGUUUCGGUGGCCAAGCAAACCUUGAAGAUGGCCGAGUCAGAUGACAGAUUGAACACGUCCGGAGAGUCUGGCUCGUCCAACGGCGUUUCCGAUAAGAUCUUUAGCAUUUCCGAGUUCAUGAACGAUAUCCUGGAUCGCUUUUUCGCCUCCGUGGAAAACGGGUGCCAGUUUUCCGAGUUUGCCAAGGUGUUGGAGGCAGAUGAAGGGGAGUUGUUGCAGUCUACUCCCGAGGUGGGUAGGAUUAGAAAGCUUGCGGAAGACGAUAACUUUGAGAUCACGACGUUCCAUAAGCGGACUAUCUCGAGUUCUGGUACCGAGUUGUACUGGAUGUCGAUAUCGCCUUCGAAAACGACGACAACAGCUGAGAUAACUCCUGCUAGACCUGUUAUGAACAUUGACGAUAUUCCUUUGAAGCCACCAGACCAAUUGCAGAGACCUGUCAUCAACAUUGACGAUAUUCCUUUGAAGCUGCCAGACCCAUUGCGGAGACCAUUGUCUCCUAUAGUGGAGGAGUGUCGCAUGAACCUCUUCGAUAGUUAUUAUUUGGGAGAUUUUGGAUCGAAUGAUUCUGUGAGUGACAAAUACGAUAUUGUAGAUGAGGAGGAUGACAGAAUUAAUUUAGAGAAGCCUCCUGCUAAGUUUGUCUUGUUGAACGAAGUCAAUUUUCUCAGAAGUAAAAAUGUUGGUGGAAAUUCGUAUGUUCAGACUAAGACAGCUCUGUUCAAGGGUCGCUAUGUUGAAGAUAAAGAGAAUGAUCCUGUGAAUUUGGAUGAUUCUGGAGAUUGGUCGGGAUACGAUGCUGCGAGAUUUUAGUUUGGAGUUCGUUUUUAGGUUUUAUACAGUAUAUAAUUUUCAGAAACAGGUGUAUUUUUUAAGAAGAUAUUUGAAUGUGGAUAAGAGAAAUCUUUGAAUAUAUGUUUUAUUAUG